AAUUUCCCGCCAGGCACAUCGUCUGUCGUGUUUGUGUGUUUGGUUGUUUUCGUUGUUUCUCUGCGGCGUCGGGGGAAGGGCGCUUAUCUCACGCCGGCUUUUAUCCGGGACAUUUCGAGAGCAAGGAAGAGCUCGACAGAAAGGAAAUCGAGUGAAACCCACCUCACUCUAUUAGGAACAUGAUUCGCAGUGCAAGUGUCCGUUUGUUUCGCUCGGCUUGGGUAAGCGUCCCCAGCCGUUGCUUUUCUUCAACAAGCCCAGAUGUUGUCGUAGAAAAGUUAACAGGUGAUCAUGAGGGAGUUACAGUAUUUGGGUUCAACCGGCCAGCUGCCAAGAAUGCAAUUAGUAAGAACUUGCUGAAGGAGUUCAUGGAGGCAAUUGAGGAUGUUCGUCACAGCCGCGAUGUAAGAGUGGUUGUGCUGCGGUCUCUUGUGCCAGGCAUAUUCUGUGCUGGUGCUGACUUGAAGGAGAGAGCCAAAAUGAAGCCAGAAGAGGUUGGUCCCUUUGUUGCCAAAGCCCGUAGCUGCAUCUCGGAUAUUGAAAACCUACCCAUGCCUGUGAUUGUUGCUCUGGAUGGUGCUGCACUCGGAGGAGGACUUGAAAUGGCACUUGCCUGUGACCUUCGCGUUGCUGCAGACACAGCAAAAAUGGGCCUAGUGGAAACAAAACUGGCUAUCAUACCCGGUGCUGGAGGAACCCAGCGACUUCCUCGCAUUAUUGGCACUGCAAAGGCAAAGGAACUGAUUUUCACAGCUGCAAUACUCAACGGCAAACAAGCUGCUGAAAUAGGCCUUGUGAAUCAUGUGACCCCCCAGAAUGACACAGGAGAUGCUGCAUACCACAAGGCCCUGGAUCUGGCACAAAAAAUCCUCCCCAAUGGCCCUAUUGGUGUCAAGAUGGCCAAGACUGCCAUCUCACGAGGGAUGGAGGUUGACCUUGGCACUGGCUUGUCCAUUGAGGAGGCUUGUUAUGCCCAAGUCAUCCCAACAAAAGACAGGAUUGAGGGUCUUACGGCCUUCAGAGAAAAGAGGAAACCAGACUAUAAGGGAGAAUAAUGAGGGAAUUGAGGGCAAUGCAAUAGUUCUGUAAUACUAAUUCUUCUCAAAAGAGCAUGAACUAAUGGUUGAGACUUUGUAGUUCAAAUUUCUAUAUAUUUUUUCUUUUUAGAUCCUGUUAGUAAAAUUUCUUAAAUGUGGAUAGAAGUGUUUCAUAUGUUUUGGAUAUUUACUUGAUAAAGCAUAUGUAGUUGUCUGAGAUUUUCAGAACAUAAGUGUCAUUAUAAUUGUUUUACUAACUCAAAUUUGAUGCAUUUUCUGACCAUAAUAUUGAGUGUAGAAUUAGUGUUUAUUUUUGUACUUAGGGAUGUGUCAUUGUGAAUUUAUUGUAUAUUAAUCACUUUAUUGUAUCAGCUUAAAGAGCAUUUUUAUAUGUAAAUAGCUCAUGAUUUGUAUUGAAUGGAUGUUGGGAAUAAAUAAUUGUUUCUGAUCA